CAAGCACUCAUUAAGAUCAGGUGUGGCCAAUUAGUGGGCGCGACCAACCCACCUGAACACACAUUACAAGAACGUUCCAAAUCCAAACAACUAUCCUGCACCAUUCCCAGAAAAGUUGUGGGAAGGUUGUAUGCAAAAUAACCACAGGACAAUCAAGCACUUACCAAGCUCUUAAAACAUAUGUUUCUCAGAACGUAACUGAUAAUGGACUAGUGAUAAGAGUAUCAGGUUUAGAUACAGUGCAAUAUAGAGAGCAUGAUCACUUUUCACAGUGAGUCACUACUUUGAAGACAUGCAACAACCUUAUCCCAUUUCAUUUUGACUGUUAUCUGCAUCAGGCACUCUAUCCAACGCAGCAAUUACUACUAUCCAACCACUAUCUAAUACAGCCAGUGCAUCCCAACCAGCCAACACAGCCACUUCAUCCAGUGCAACCACACCAUCCUGUACGACCCGUCGAUGUCUGGCCAGCAUGCUGAUUGCGAAAGAAGCUCGGAGUCCGCCACAGUCUCCACGGUGCAUCUCAAUUAUCAGUGUGCCGUCAAUCGUGUACGAAACUCUGUCUGUCGAUACAAAAAACCUCCGCUUCGAGAGUCGUCUGGAAGUCCCGCUGUCUUGGGAAGACCCUGAUUUAUCAUGGAACACAUCAGUCUAUCAUCAUGAUAUGGUGGUCCUGCCUGUCAGCAAAAUCUGGACUCCUGAACUCCAUGUGACUAAUGGAGUGCAAACAACGAUAAAGCACAGCAACAAGGAUUUGCUGGUGCACAGCAACGGGACUAUAGAGCACAUGGUCAUCAUGAACACUGUGGUGGGCUGUGAAGUCAAUCUGUACAACUACCCCUUCGCUUCAGAUUUCUGUGCCAUCGCCCUGAAUGUGUGGGCAAUUAGUGGAUGUGGCAUGUUCCUGGACUUUGGGAAUGUGAGCACAACUAGCGCAAACCGUGGGGACUGGCUAACCGAGGAGGUGGAACUCAAUGCUAAAGGAGGCAGAGAUGAUCGCAACUAUCUAUGGGUAUUGCUGAAAAUGCGGUCCGAAAACCCGUUUCUGUCCCUGGUCCUGCCCAGUAUACUAAUCAUCUUGGCUGAUGUGGGCAGCUUCGCCCUGCCGCUGGGAGAGAGCAAGCGCAUCCCCUUCAAGGUUAAACUGGUUCUCAGCUUCAUCAUGUUCCUCAACAUCCUCAAGGACCUUCUGCCUGGAGGAGGCCAGUGCAGCCCCAUCAUCCGAAAGCACUUCUGUUUCUGUUUGGUCAUCCUGGUGUUGAGCACGUUGCAGUCUAUGGUGCUCACACGCCUGGCUAAGUGUGGCACUCUCUGGCCCUGCAGCCUCUCCAAGUCCAAAGACUCACUGCUUAAAGACACAGACAAUGAAGAGGAAUCCAAGUCUGAUAUUAAAGCCUCAGAGGAAGAGAAGAAUACAGCCCUCCAGAAGGUGGUGAAGUUUCUCAACAAAAUGGCUGCACAAGACCAGACAAAUGCUAUACACCAUCGCUUUGCCAACAAAGUGGACUUGAUCUGUUUCUGUAUCUAUCUCACCGUCCUCAUUGUUUAUGCAGUCGUCAUUUUAUAUUUCUCCUUUGGUUCUCUAUGUGAGAUCAACCAUUUAGAAUUCUGGCAUUAAAUAAUUUAUUUGCGUUUAACAAUGAUAUUUAAAUAAAUAUCAAGUAUGUGUGUAUUCUUCAGUAGAGAUUUAACAAUAUUUAUUUCAAUAUGUUUGAGCUAAGAAUUAAAUGGAUUAGGACUAUGCAUCCUACCUUUGAAACA